AUGGAUAAUGUAUCUCGAGAUUCUGGAUUAGAAAAACUACAAGAUUUGGGAAUAAAGACUAUAUUCGACUUUCGUACUAAAAGUGAAUCGAAGAGGUGUAUUAAUGAUGAAGAGCUCCUGAAGUUUGGAUUGACAAGGUUUCAUUGUCCCUUUGAUCUAGAUGAGAAGAAGGAACCCAAGGAUAUUCUUGGAAGCUUUACCAAUCUAUUAACUAGUUGGUAUACAUAUACUUCAGUGUAUGAAAAUAUGUUAAUACAAAGUACUACUGUAUUCAAGAGAAUAUUUGAAUUUAUUCGUGAUGAAGUACUGAAAGGUGAAAAGUUUGUAUUCCAUUGUUCAGCGGGAAAAGAUAGAACUGGAAUUGUAUGCAUGCUAAUCUUGCUAUUUAUGGGGGUAAAUAAAAACAUAAUAGCAAGAGAGUAUAGUUUAACUGCUGUAGGGUUAAAACCUGAAUUUGAAAAUAUUAGAGAGAAAUAUUUGGCUGGAAUUGGCAUUUUCCAAAGGCAUGAAACAUACGCAGAAUUUGAAUCCAACUUGAGGCAGGGCCGUAGCGACUGGUAUGUUGAGAAGGAUGGGUUUAACAACUUAGUAAGUUCAAGAUGCGAAACAAUGUUAGCUACGAUUAGUAUAAUUGACAGAAAAUUUGGUGGCAUUGAUAAUUAUCUAAAGACAUACGUUCGACUUAGUGAAGAUGAUUUAGAGACAAUUUAUUUCAAUCUAAUUCAAAGCGAGAAGAAUUGA